GGCAGGGGGGAGAGAGGGGCGCGUCAGGGAGGGGGCGGGGCCUCCGCGUGGGAAAUCUUGCCUGGAGGUGGUGGGAAGGCAAGAGGAGACGGUUCAAGGCUUCCUGCAGAGAAAGAACCUGUUUGGUGGUCUCUUCACACGGAUGCGUGAGACAUUUGGUGCCAAAGACCCGGGUCAGAGGGACUCCUUCUGGGGACCAGUUCCCUGUCUUCGCUCCAUGAAGAGAUCCACCUAUGACGCCAGGUCCUCAAACCAACCAACCCAAGGAACAUCUCACUAAUUUCAAAUCGGGCCCCCACUGGAGGUCGGACUGUCCAACUCACAUCGCCGCCGCUCCUAAAGUCCCCGGAGCCCAAACCGAACGUUCCUUGGCUGACUCCUUCCCAGAUCUCCUCUGCUUAGCAGCUGAAGACUGCCUGAUCGCCUCGGAAGCUCCCUGGACCAUCACGGAUGCCGAGCUUCGGGUAACUCUUACAGUGGAGGGGCAGAUGUCCAUUGCAGUCACUGUGAUGCUGAUCAUACACAACUAUUGGUUCCUUUACAUCCCUUAUUUGACGUGGCUUUACUUUGACUGGCAUACCCCAGAGCAAGGGGGCAGGAGAUCCAGCUGGAUCAAAAAUUGGACUCUUUGGAAACACUUUAAGGACUAUUUUCCAAUUCAUCUCAUCAAAACUCAAGAUUUGGAUCCAAGUCACAACUAUAUAUUUGGGUUUCACCCCCAUGGAAUAUUGGCGGCUGGAGCCUUUGGAAAUUUUUCUACAAAUUAUUCCGACUUCAAGGAGCUGUUUCCUGGCUUUACUUCAUAUCUUCACGUGCUGCCACUUUGGUUCUGGUGUCCUGUCUUCCGAGAAUAUAUGAUGAGUAUUGGGCUAGUUUCAGUUUCCAAGAAAAGUGUGUCCUAUGUGGUAAGCAAGGAGGGAGGUGGAAACAUCUCUGUCAUUGUCCUUGGGGGUGCAAAGGAAUCACUGGAUGCCCAUCCUGGAAAGUCCACUCUGUUCAUCCGCCAGCGGAAAGGAUUUGUUAAAAUUGCUUUGACCCAUGGUACCUCUCUGGUCCCAGUGUUUUCUUUUGGUGAAAAUGAACUGUUUAAACAAGUUGACAACCCCAAAGGCUCAUGGAUUAGAACUGUUCAAGAUAAACUACAGAAGAUCAUGGGGUUUGCUUUGCCCCUGUUUCAUGCCAGGGGAGUUUUUCAGUACAAUUUUGGCCUAAUGCCCUAUAGGAAAGCCAUCCACACUGUUGUUGGCCGCCCGAUCCCUGUUCGUCAGAUUCUGCACCCGACCGAGGAGCAGAUUGAGGAGUUACAUCAGACCUAUAUGGAGGAACUUACGAAAUUAUUUGAGGAGCACAAAGGAAAGUAUGGCAUUCCAGAGCAUGAGACGCUCGUUUUAAAAUGACUUGACUGUAAAUAAAUAAAUAAAUAAAUAAAAAUGUCUUGACUGUAAUAAGGCAUAAAGGACAAGAGACCAUCCUAUUGUGAGAAUAAAUAUUUUAAAGAAGUUUAUUAUUUUUCUUUCGCCUGUGAUAUCAAAUUUGCAACAGAAAAGUAUUAUUUAUGGUGAUGAAUGUUGGUGUAUCUGUGGUAAAUAAAAACACAGUAGAUGUCUGUAGGGUAAGGUUGGAGAUGACUAUAAGACAUCUAAUAAUUUUGCUUGCUUAUGAAGGCGAAAUCAUUUUACAGGUUAUGAACAGAUUUAGAAUUAUUCAUGUGCUCUGAAAAACAAAAGAAACUUCAAAAAAUAAU